CCACUGGGGAGGACGCGCAGUGGAGCUUUGUGGUCUGGGACCGCUCGGAUCCGAGAGGUUUGAAAAGCCUGUUGACCUGGAAAUCACCAAGAGCUGAUCCAAAAUAGGACAUAAAUGUACUCAAGCUAGCUCAAGAAAGGAAGUGAGAAGAGAGUUACAGAUUGGUUUGUGUCAAGGAAGGAAGAGCUACUGAGUGUAUCUACCAAUCUGAUUGAUUUUCUCAGGGAAGCUGAGUCGUCUACCUCCAGAAAUGUCUUUGGAAAGUAAAGAGCAACAUGACCUUUCACCUGAGGACUCUGCUGAAGGAAAUGAUGAUUCUCCAACCGGGAUCCAUCUGGAGCCUCAAAAGGAAUCAAGUACUGACUUAAAGCAAUUUGGAACCAAUGAUCAAUGUAGACAUCAUUCUAGGAUUCAUUUAGAAUGUCGAGAGAAAGUAAAUACUAACUUCAAGAAGUUUGUUAUCACAAAGCUGCAGAAGAGUUGCCAGUGCAGCUCAACCAAAGCCAAAAAUGUGAUUUUGGGCUUCCUUCCUGUUUUGCAGUGGCUCCCAAAAUAUGAUCUAAAGAAUAAUAUUUUAGGAGAUUUGAUGUCUGGCUUGAUUGUGGGCAUCUUAUUAGUGCCCCAGUCCAUUGCUUAUUCCCUGUUGGCUGGCCAAGAACCUAUCUAUGGUCUGUACACAUCUUUUUUUGCUAGCAUCAUUUAUUUCCUCGUGGGUACCUCCCGUCACAUCUCUGUGGGCAUUUUUGGAAUACUGUGCCUUAUGAUUGGUGAGGUAGUUGACCGAGAACUACACAAAGCUGGCUAUGACACUGCCCAUGUUGCUGCUUUAGGAGUGGUUUCAAAUGGGACCACAUCAUUAAAUCAGACAUCAGUCAUGAUAUGUGACAAAAGCUGCUAUGCAAUUAUGGUUGGCAGCACUGUAACCUUUGUGGCUGGAGUUUAUCAGGUAGCGAUGGGCUUCUUUCAAGUGGGCUUUGUUUCUGUCUACCUCUCAGAUGCCUUGUUGAAUGGAUUUGUCACUGGUGCCUCCUUCACUAUUCUUACGUCUCAGGCCAAGUAUCUCCUUGGGCUCAGCCUUCCUCGGAGUAGUGGCGUGGGCUCACUCAUCACUACCUGGAUACAUAUCUUCAGAAACAUCCAUAAAACCAAUCUCUGUGAUCUCAUCACCAGCCUCUUGUGCCUUUUGGUUCUUGUGCCAACCAAAGAACUCAAUGAGCACUUCAAGUCCAAGCUUAAGGCACCAAUUCCUACGGAACUUAUUGUUGUUGUAGCAGCCACAUUAGCCUCUCAUUUUGGAAAACUACAUGAAAAUUAUAAUUCCAGUAUUGCUGGACAUAUUCCCACUGGGUUUUUGCCACCCAAAGCACCGGACUGGAACCUAAUUCCUAAUGUAGCUAUAGAUGCAAUAGCUAUCUCUAUCAUUGGUUUUGCUAUCACCGUGUCACUUUCUGAGAUGUUUGCCAAGAAACAUGGUUAUACAGUCAGAGCGAAUCAGGAAAUGUAUGCCAUUGGCUUUUGCAAUAUCAUCCCUUCUUUCUUCCACUGUUUUACUACUAGUGCAGCUCUUGCAAAGACGUUAGUUAAAGAAUCAACAGGCUGUCAAACUCAACUGUCCGGUGUCGUGACAGCCCUGGUUCUUUUAUUGGUCCUUCUGGUGAUAGCACCUUUAUUCUAUUCCCUUCAGAAAAGUGUCCUUGGCGUGAUCACAAUUGUAAACCUCCGGGGAGCCUUGCGUAAGUUUAGGGAUCUGCCCAAUAUGUGGAGGGUUAGUAAAAUGGAUACAGUCAUCUGGUUUGUUACUAUGUUGUCCUCGGCACUGCUAAGUACCGAAAUAGGCCUGCUUGUUGGGGUUUGUUUUUCUAUGUUUUGUGUCAUCCUCCGUACUCAGAAGCCAAAGAAUUCAUUGCUUGGCUUGGUGGAAGAGUCUGAAACCUUUGAAUCCAUGUCUGUUUACAGGAACCUUCAGACUAAGCCUGGCAUCAAGAUUUUCCGCUUUGCAGCCCCUCUCUACUACAUAAACAAAGAAUGCUUUAAAUCUGCUUUAUACAAAAAAACUGUCAACCCUGUCUUAGUAAAAGCAGCUCAGAGAAAGGCAGCAAAGAGAAAGAUGAAAGAGGAAAUAGUGACUUUCAGUGGAAUCCAGGAUGAAGUUUCAGUGCAACUUUCCCACAGUCCCUUGGAGCUGCAUACUAUAGUGAUUGACUGCAGUGCUAUACAGUUUUUAGAUACGGCAGGGAUCCAAACACUGAAAGAAGUUCACAGAGAUUAUGAAGCCAUUGGAAUCCAGGUUCUGCUGGCUCAGUGUAAUCCAUCUGUGAGGGAUUCUCUGAUCAGGGGAGAAUACUGCAAAAAGGAAGAAGAAAAUCUUCUCUUCUAUAGUGUGUAUGAAGCGAUGGCUUUUGCAGUAGAAUCUCAAAAUCAGAAAGGAGUAUGUGUUCUCAAUGGUCUGAGUCUUUCUAGUGAUUGAUUGAAAAGUAGAAUGGAACAAUAAUUUUUAAGUAAUAGGUUAAAAUUACAAGUGUACAACAUUUUCCGCUUCUACUUGCACAUUUGAAAUUUUAACCUAUUGGCUAAACAUUGUUCUUCUUUGGAAGCUAAUGGCCUUUGUAUAUACCCAAUUGCCACAGAGCUUAAAGUUAGACAGAAUCAAAAAGAAGAAAAUACUAUGGGUUCAAGCUUUCUUUCAGAUAUGAAGCAUUCAACUGUAAAGUAGUUCCAAAACUUAAUUACCAUCCUGACUUAGGGGCCUAUAGAUUUGGACUCUUCCUUCUCCAAGAAGUAAAGGGAUGAAGCUGGGAUCUUCAUUAGAAGUGCUUCUUUACAUGGCUCUCUGGAUAGGGAGGGAAAGGAUCCAGGAAAGAGUGUUGUACUGCUCUUGUACCAAGAGGCUUCUGGAGCACAAGGUUCUAACUAGACAAGUUUGUUCUUACUGAUGCUUCUUUAUUCCCAAUCUUUGCUACCUGGUUGGCAGUAGGAUCUCUGGCAGUUAGUAGGAAAGCACCAUUCCUUUCCUAUGGGCAGAGUCUCAUCAGGAAUCCAAUGGCCGGGCAGGUUUGUAAGAUUCUGACAGCCAGCCUGACAUUGUCAGAACACCUUUUGUAAUACAUACAUUUGAAGUUUUUACUUAAACCUUUUUGUUUGGGGUAAGCAGGUAAGCAAAAGAGCUCUUCAACACUGGAAAAAACAAUGGGAAUCUUUCCUUGUCAUUUCUGUGAUCUCAAUCUGUCCUUGCUUUUGAGAAUUUCUCUUCCUUUAAGGUCUAUUUUAGUUAUCCUCAUAUGUUUCCCAUGGAAUCUGUCCUAAACCGUUAUUUCUGAUUUUCAGUGACAAUCUUGCCAGUCAGCAGUUUCCUACAGCAUUUUAAAUAAGCUUAAGUCAAGCUGUCAAGGACAGAUUGCAAAAAGGAAUGAUUGAUAGUUUACCUUAAGAAUUGGUUUACUUGACUUGGCGCCCGUAGCACAGUGGUUAUGGCACCAGCCA